GUUUGAAAAGUAAAGUUUUAUAAAUUUGUAGUUUUAGCCAAUAUAGCCGCAUGUAUAGAAGCUUUUUUAGCCAUCCGUGGUAUGUCCUGGUAUUUUCUUUUAAUACCCCCGUGCUGCGGUAUUUUUUGGCGUUCCGGCUGCGUUCACACUGACCUACUGAUCUAUUGUCAAAAUUCCAACUGAACGUACCGCCGACGCCACCGACGCCAAUCUGCAGGAUAUCAAGACCAACGGGGAUAGAGUUUCACUAAAGGACAUAGCCGAAUAACAAGAUGCUGCGAUCUCUGGCGAAUACACGAAACGAAAUUGGAGCUUUGCGCUCAGUGCUCCUGCGAUCGAAUACCGUUAGCUCCGGCCGACGAUCCGGCGCUAGUUUGGGCGUCCGUGCCCUCAGCUGCCAGCUAAACAAUUCCCGGAAUCUCCAUAGUAUCAGGUGUAAUCUAACCACUAGCCCGCCAAAGCCCCUGACAGCAUGGAGCUACAACUUUGCCCGCGCUUACUCCAGCCUGCCAGAGCACAUGAGGGUACCACUGCCCGCCCUUUCCCCCACCAUGGAGCGCGGUUCGAUUGUUAGCUGGGAGAAGAAGGAGGGUGACAAGCUCAACGAAGGUGAUUUGCUGUGCGAGAUUGAGACGGAUAAGGCAACCAUGGGCUUUGAGACACCGGAAGAGGGUUACCUGGCUAAGAUUCUCAUCCCUGGUGGCACCAAGGACGUCCCCGUUGGCAAGCUCCUGUGCAUCAUCGUACCCGAUCAGGGCAGCGUAGCAGCUUUCAAAGACUUUAAGGAUGAUGGACCAGCACCUGCUGCCGCUGCCCCACCACCACCUGCUCCAGCAGCAGCUGCACCUGCACCAGUAGCUGCAGCUCCCGCUCCAGCAGCCGCGCCAGCACCCGCCGCACCAGCACCCGCUCCAGCCGCUGCCCCAGCGGGAGCAGGUACGGGCCGCGUGUAUGCCAGUCCGAUGGCCAAGAAACUAGCCGAGGCACAACAGCUGCGUUUACAAGGCAAGGGCAGUGGAGUCCAUGGCUCAAUUAAAUCUGGUGAUCUUGCAGCCCAGAAACCGGCGGCCGCUGCUGCAGCCCCAUCUGCUGCUCCAGCCAGGGCCCCAGCCGGAGCUCGCUAUCAGGACAUCCCGGUGACCAACAUGAGGGCAAUCAUCGCCAAGCGCUUGUUGGAGUCCAAGACAGAACUGCCUCACUACUAUGUCACCGUGCAAUGUCAAGUGGAUAAGUUGUUGAAGUUCCGGGCUCUGGUCAACAAGAAAUACGAGAAGAAGGGUGUUCGUGUAUCCGUGAACGACUUCAUCAUUAAGGCCACUGCCAUCGCCAGUCUUAAGGUGCCCGAGGCCAACUCCGCUUGGAUGGGCCAAGUGAUCCGACAGUACGAUGACGUCGAUGUGUCGGUGGCUGUUUCUACGGACAAGGGUCUCAUCACACCGAUCAUCUUUAAUGCGGAUCGCAAGGGUGUCAUUGAGAUCUCCAAGGAUGUCAAGGAGCUGGCAGGCAAGGCCCGUGAUAACAAACUGAAGCCACAAGAGUUCCAGGGCGGCACCAUCUCUGUGUCCAAUCUGGGAAUGUUCGGUGUUAAUCAGUUCUGUGCCGUAAUUAAUCCCCCGCAGUCGUGCAUCCUGGCCAUUGGUACCACAACGAAACAGUUGGUAGCCGAUCCCGACAGUCUCAAGGGCUUCAAGGAGGUUAAUGUAUUGACCGUCACCCUGAGUGCUGAUCAUCGGGUUGUAGACGGCGCCGUGGCUGCCAGGUGGCUGCAACACUUCCGCGACUACAUGGAGGAUCCAGCUUCCAUGAUAUUGUAAGCACCCGGCACGAAACAAACAUUAGUAAGGGACUCCAACGAAAGAUGAACAUUAGAUGCUGCCCUCGUUAGGCGGGGGAUUUUUCGGUCGACAUUAACUAGAUGGACGUGUGGAUUCUAAUCGGUGUUAUAAUAUAUAUAUACGUUAAUAAUGUGAAUUUUUAAUAUUGGUUUGGCCAUCCAUCCUCAUUGCAAUAUUGGCAGUCUCCAAUUUUAGCACUUGCAUAAAACUGAUAUAUAUUUAUAAAAAAAUAAAUUGUGUAAAAUUCGAUGUAGUUUAAUGCUGCCAUGAUUGUAGUACACUCAAAAAACAAAACUAGCAUGAUAUUCAAAUUACUCACAAAGCUGUAAAUUUCUGAAAAAAAGCAUACACAAUUAUGAUAAUAAGACGUAUGUAUGUUUCGAUCGAAUAUGUUGAACAUGAUCGACUAAAAAGACGAAAGUAACUAGUUGAAAGUCCAAAGACGCGUUGAAUAAACCCCAAAACACACUCACAUGUACUAGCCAAUUCAUAAAA